UGCGGUGCAGAAACACCGCACAAAUGAGGGGACCAUCACGGAUAACUAUCACACAUUCCUCUCUUUGAUUAUCUCUGCAUAUAUCACACACACACAAACACAAAACACACACCUUUCCUCUCUACCUCUUUUAUUCAGAAAGAGAGAGAGAGAGAGCAUUGUUGUUUCCUCCAGGAGGCUGAAUGGAAGCUGCAGCCGAGGGAGCGGUCGGGCUGUCGGAGGCCAGGGAAGGGAGCCUGCUAUCCGGGGCCACUGCAUCCGAUGACGGGGACACGGUCGUGGGAGUCAGCUACGGGAUGGACGCUGCAGACAUGGAUGCUGCUGCUAGGAAAGCCUUCAUCACAGAGAUGCCCUCAUCCUCAGGCCAGCCCGGUCAGGGAAAGAAGAUUGGUCACAGAGGAGUGGAUGCAUCAGGGGAAACUACUUACAAGAAGACCACAUCCUCGGCCUUGAAAGGUGCCAUCCAGCUGGGCAUCGGUUACACGGUGGGCAACCUGAGCUCCAAGCCGGAGAGAGAUGUGUUGAUGCAGGACUUCUACGUGGUGGAGAGCAUCUUUUUCCCCAGUGAAGGCAGCAACCUCACUCCAGCCCACCAUUUCCCGGACUUCCGCUUUAAAACCUACGCUCCCGUGGCCUUCCGCUACUUCAGAGAACUGUUUGGCAUCAGGCCGGAUGACUACCUGUACUCCCUCUGUAACGAGCCUCUGAUCGAGCUGUCCAACCCCGGAGCGAGUGGCUCCGUCUUCUAUCUUACGAGGGACGACGAGUUCAUCAUCAAGACCGUGAUGCACAAGGAGGCUGAAUUCUUACAGAAACUGCUGCCCGGAUACUACAUGAACUUGAACCAGAACCCUCGCACUUUGCUGCCCAAGUUCUUCGGCCUCUACUGCGUCCAGUCGGGCGGGAAGAACAUCCGCGUGGUGGUGAUGAACAACGUGCUGCCCCGCGUAGUUCGCAUGCACCUCAAAUACGACCUGAAGGGCUCCACCUACAAGAGGCGAGCGUCCAAGAAGGAGAGGGAGAAGGCCAGGCCCACUUUCAAAGACCUGGACUUCAUGCAAAACCUGCAGGACGGACUGCUGCUGGACCAGGACACUUACAACGCGCUGGUUAAGACCCUGCAGAGAGACUGUCUGGUGCUGGAAAGCUUCAAGAUCAUGGACUACAGUCUGCUGCUCGGGGUCCACAACAUGGACCAGGCGGAGAGGGAGAGGCAGUCGGAGGGCUCGCAGGGCAGCAGCGACGAGAAGAGGCCCGUGGCCCAGCAGAAGGCCCUGUACUCCACCGCCAUGGAGUCCAUCCAGGGUGGAGCCGCCUGCGGAGGAUCCAUCGACACCGACGACACGAUGGGCGGUAUCCCGGCUGUGAAUGGAAAAGGGGAGAGACUUCUUCUCUACAUCGGAAUCAUCGACAUCCUGCAAUCCUACAGGCUAAUCAAGAAACUGGAGCACACGUGGAAAGCUUUGGUUCAUGACGGGGACACUGUAUCAGUCCACCGGCCAGGCUUCUACGCCGACAGGUUCUUCAAGUUCAUGAGCAGCACGGUUUUCAGGAAGAGCUCCUCUCUGAAGUCAUCUCCAUCCAAGAAGGGCCGUGUGUCGUUGUCGGUGCCGAAGUGUGCCGGUCCUGGUGCAGCCUGGUCGGCCUGCCAGCUGCCCUCCGAGAGAGACGAGAACAUCUACGACCUGAGAGGAGCUCGCAGCUUCCCGACGCUGGAGGAUGAGGGGCGACCUGAUCUUCUUCCAUGCACUCCUCCAUCUUUUGAAGAGGCCACCACAGCGUCAAUUGCCACCACCCUCUCUUCCACCACCUCUCUCUCCAUCCCCGAGAGAUCACCCUCUGACACCGCCGAGCACCCCCGCUACAGGAGGCACACCCAGUCUCUCAGCCAUGACGGGAGGACCCAGGAGGAGCUGCGUGUGCGUGAGGAGGAUCAGCAGACCAUCACAGUGGAGGUGGAGUUGAAGAGACACGACAGUGAGCCCUCCAUCUCCGUUCCACAGCCUUCACCUGAAACCAGUGACGUUCAGGAAGGAGCUGGUGCAGAAGCUGCCGAUGCGGCCGCAGCAGCAGCGCCCUCCAUCUCUUCAUCAGCACCUGAAGCAGCCUCCUCCUCCUCCUCGUCUGCCCCGGAGGCUGUUCCUUCUUCCUCCGGGGCAGCCAGUGAACCCCCGUCCAGUCCCAAGGCGGCGGUGGUGGUGGAGGCAGACAGGGCCAGCCAGGUGUCCGGCUCAGGCUGCACCAGCCAGGCUUCAGUCGAUGAUGAAGAUGACGUGCCAAUCACAGAUAUCUACUUUCCUCAAGACGACAGCACCUGGGUGUACUCUCCGCUACACUAUGGCUCAGAGUCUAAGGCCCUGCCAGAUGGGGAUUGGGAGAGAGAGACAUAAACCCUGAUCUCUGGCAGAGAGGAGUGAACAUCUCAGUGGAGAGGACUCACCGGUCUGACGUCCAGACCUCAGCGGUAGCAGCAGGAUCUCUGUCUGAACCAGGAUUUUAAACACACAGAAACUGAACACUGAGGGGGGAGAGUGACUUGCGUUACCAGAGAGGGAGGAAAAAAAAAAAAAAAAAGUCCUGACAGUGAUGAUCGUCACUGAUUUUCCAACCAUCCCUGCCUUUCACCCUUGACAAAAUGAAAAUUAUAUCAAUUUAAUAAUAAUGUGUAUGUGUGACAUACGGUAGUGCGUAUACGGCUGUAGUCUUAUGUGUUUGACCUCCAUGACAGAAGGUAGAAAGUUACCGUUACUAUGGGAAGUAUUCCGUUUUCAUGGCCACAUUGAGUCCCCUCUGAUUCAGUGUUAUACGACGAUAAAACAUGAGGACCUCCAAGUGUGGUAAAUACUUUUUAUUGGCACUGUUCAGCGAAUUCUAGUUCACACAAGCACUGUGCUCUAACGGGCUCUACAGGCCGGCCAACUCACUCCGCAGAGCAGCAGACUGAAAUUUGCAGGUAUUGAACUUAUUUUAAAUCAAAAGAGACUUAAUUUAAGAGAUAUAUUUAUUGGCAUGGUGCACAAUAAAGUUAAGAAAUAGUUCAGUCUUUGGCGGUAAGUACAGACCAGGAAAGUACUGAGAAACGCCUGAAGAUGUGGAUGGAUGUGAUAAGGAGCGGUGCUUUUGAUGAUGGAAGGAACUCUGGAUGUGAUGAGAACUGGAGGGUUACAGUGAUUUCCUACUGAAAUUAUAAAUGCUGACAGCAGUGAUACGAUUGGCUCGUUGAGAUCGUGGCAGAAUCUGGUUGGUUGACUGAAAGAGAAAGAGAUUGGGAGAAUAAAUGAGAAGCAUUUGAAGUCUUUGUGAGUGAACUUCAGCUAAUUUUUACAUUUUAAUGUAUUUAAUCAGGAAGUUUCAUUGGGAUUAAGACGAUGUCUUUUCCAAGAGAGACCUGAGAACAAGAAACAUUCUCAAGAACACAAUAAGAAAAAUAAAAGAAACAGAA